GGCAGUAAUGCGCAGUACUGCAAUCUACAGAAGAAGUCAGCGCCAAAGUUUUGUAACGAAAAUGGCUCCAAAAACAGGUCGUCGAGGAGUGAAACGUAAAGCUGCAGAAGUCCAGGCAGAGGAGGCAUCUGUGGGCGAAGAAGGAGAGAGUGCCCUGCAGCCAGAGGGAGAAAGAGUGGUGAUAGAGCACUGCAAAAGCUGACGAGUGUAUGGGCGAAAUGCACAGGAGGUGAAGUCUGCACUUCUCGACGCACGCCCUGAUCUCACUGUGGUCCUCAACCCACAAAAACCUCGCAGGAAUAGCUUUGAGAUUACUUGGAUGGAUGGAGACAAAGAAAAAAUCUUAUGGACCGGAAUAAAGAAGGGACCACCUCGAAAGCUGAAAUUUCCUGAACCAAGUGUUGUGGUUGCUGCUUUAGAGGAGGCCCUGAAGUCUGAGUAAAUGCAAAGUGAAGCUUGGUUUUCAAGAGCUGUAGCAGUUGAAGCAGCAUGAUGAAGACAGACCAAAGAGAUCCUCUCAGCCUUUCUUCUGAUGAAACACGCUUCACCUGCUGAGUACAUGGACCAAGAGUGUCACCUUGUGGGGUAUCUGAGGAAGUGCAUCAUCUGUUUGCCUUUUUGACAC